UAGACUUAAUGUCUUACUGUAUUUCAGUGCACAGCAGGGCCCUUCACGUGUUGCUCCUCCGACACCCACCAGCUUGGAGGGUGAGCCCCCUUCACCCCUUAUACUUAGUGAGGGUGGUGGGAGUGGCCUUCCCUCAGCGCAAGCUGCUCCUGCCCCUCACACAGAAUCAACAUCCUCCUCAUCCUCUUCUGCAGUAACUAGCCCUGACCCAUCCUUACCCUCCCCUACCUCUAACCACGCAUCUUCUCCUAACAUUGGCCUCUCCCCAUCCCCAUCGCAAGCUCCACCUACAGCUGUGGCCCCUCUCCUGCGGGGGCCUAACACGCGGCACCAGCGGGAGAAGAGGCACAGUUUCACUGCCGUGCACACCCACAAUCCCAGCCCCCCGCGAUCUCCUGCUUCCCCCCACAGACACUCCUUGGAAAUUGUGAGUCCUACUGAAGAAGGAACCAAUCGCACCAACAGCUUGGGGCCUUCAGGACUUGGUGCUGGUGGACCUGGGCCAGGGACCACUGAUGUGGAAGUGUCUCAGGAAGCUUCUCCAAAUGAAGAUCAAACCACAAAAACUGAAUCCAUUGGAUCUCCUAGGUUACGUUCAUCCACAUUAUCUUCAAACCAAGUGUCUGUAUCUUCUUCAACUCCACAAGUAACAGCCACUACAUUUUAUGUGGCACUAUAUUCUUACCAAGGGCGAAAAGCUGAUGAGCUGGAGCUAAGGAAAGGAUACAUCUACACUGUCACAGAAAAGUGCCAAGAUGGUUGGUUCAAAGGACGAUGCAUCACAACAGACAGAGCAGGUGUAUUUCCAGGAAAUUAUGUUCAGGUUGCCAAGCCUCAAAUGAUAGCUGCAUAUUUAGCACGGCGCAAUGCUCGAGGUUUAAGCCACAGUCGAAACAACAGUAAUGGUGGAGGAUCCCAAGGAAGCAGUAGCAGCAGCACAACAGGGAGCAACUCAACUUCAUCAGGUGUUAUGACUUUCACUCGUCCUCGACCAAAUCUCUCUGGCAGGGGCACUGAAGGGAGACACACUGAAGGGUCACGCGGUGAGAAUACAAGCCUCCUGGACACUCCUGUCCUACUUACGGCUCCCACUCUUUCUCCAACUCAUUCAUCAUCACCACAGGCCGGAUCUCUAUCCCCAGGGGCGGCUGCUGGUGGCUGUGGCAGUAGCAGCCCCCCUUCAUCACUCCCACCUGAGUUGCCUCCGAGGUCUGUCAGCUCAUCCAUUGAUGGUUCAGGUCAUCAUUCGUCCUCUCAGACUUCCUCUUGGCAUGCAUCUUCUCCAACUCCAGGUUUCUCAAAUCACAGAACUGCAAGUGGCAUAAGCAAUGCAGUUUCACCACCUCCUAAUGUUGCACUUGGUGAUGUUGGGACAAUAACUACGCCAGGAAGCUCUACAUUACCAAACAAACUAGACAAAAAAACUUCCAAGGAAAGAUGUGGCACGAGUGGUGGAAUUAGUUUAAUGCGAAAAUUUACUGGUAGUGGAAAGAGAAAAAGUAAAUCUCCACCACCCUCUUACUCAAUGGAUAACCCUGUUUUUGAAGAUUCGACUAUAUCGUCUAAUGUUCAUACAAGAUCAGGGUCUUGUCCAGGCACACUUGUAGGUGAGGGUACAGGUGGUGUGUUGGUUACAAGUUUAGGGUUUAGUCCUAACUCGCAGCUGCGUGCUGAGGGGGGUUCCUGCCGCAUUAGGUCCCGUGAUCGACCUAGUCUCAUCCUCUCCAGCCUUAUGUUUCGAGGCAGGGCUGGCAGCAAUCCAGAUACAAGUGGAGUGGGCAUUACUCAUCCUCCACCACUCUCAUCAACAACUCCUCCCACUUCUAUCCAGACUACAGGUGAUACUUCAAAUGAUACUCCGCGUCGCACAAAGCAGCCAGCUCCGCUUGUUCGUGAAAGGUUUCGAUGUAUAGUUCCCUACCCUCCAAACAGUGAAUAUGAAUUAGAACUUCAGCUUGGAGACAUAAUUUAUGUGCACAAGAAAAGAGAGGAUGGUUGGUAUAAAGGUACUCUUCAGCGUACUGGGAAGACUGGCCUCUUUCCAGCUAGUUUUGUGGAAUCGUGUUAACUUCUUAACUUGUGACCUUAAGUUUGUACUAGGAAUGAAUCUCAUAGUUUUUGGAUGAAAUUUACAAAUAGGUUGUAAUGUGAGAUUUUAUAAGAGCAAAUAUAGGAUGUUUUGAAGAUUUUGAUACUUUUCUAGUUGCUGUGAGUAGUAUUGUUCCAGUUACCUGUCUGUCCAUUAAAUGAACCAAAUGGCUAGGCUGUAAAAAGUAAUUCAUAUUUACUUAGGUCAACAAUCUUGUUUUACAUAUAAAAAUUAUACUAAUUUUUUUACAAACUGAAUCUAGACUUACUUGGGGCUGACUUGAAAUCUACUUAGUAUUACAUGAAAUCAGGUGGUAAAGUAUUUUAUAAGUAAUGCUGAAAAGUUUGAUUACCCAGGUAAAUGAACUCUGGGAAAUCUUAAUAUGUAAGUUCUUUUGUGAUGGCUAAGAUAAUGCUCGUUUUUUGUGUUGUAAGAUAGUUUAUCAUAUUUUUGCUCUGUGACAGUGCUAAUAAUGUAAAAUAUUGUUUGUUAUGCCGUAUAUAGUUUUCAGGUGACAAAAAUAUAUCUUUUAUUCAUGACAAGUACCUUAAAUCAGUAUAGAUAUUGAGUCACACACAGCUUAUUUUGUAAAGAUGUAUAAAAUAUUUGUACAUUAUUUUAAAGUAUCCCUUAUUGCUCCAGUUAAUUUUCAGCUUACACACUGCCUAAUACUUAAUCUGUAAGGAAUACUUACACUUAGAUACUUGAUUUUGAUAAUUUUACCUCAUUGACAAUACUGUCAAAUUUUUUCUUUAUUUGGUAGAUUAUAACAAAUUGCAAUACCAUGGUAAUGUGGUGAGAUAAAAAUCCUGGUACCUGGUAUUAAAAUAAUUAUUUGAGGAAUGCAAUAAAGUUGAAAGAGAAUGUUUGUAAGUCAUGGGCUUUAUAUUACCCUGUAGCCAUAUCAUUACUGCGCAUGACUUAACCAGGAAGAAUUGAUUGAUGGUACAACAAAUUAGUAAUAAAUGUGUUAAGAGGUGCAGACAGUGUGUAACAUAACUAGGUUCACAUAGUUAAGGUCAAGUCGUUAGAGUAAUUUACUUGCUAGCUUUAAUAACAAGUAAAUUUACACUAAGACUAUAAUAAUGAAGUCGUAAAAGUUUAAAAGUAUUUUUAGAUAUAAUAACGAGUUACUGUAAAUGGGUCAUUAGUGUUUGUGCCUAUUUCCCUUACCACCCAUUGUCUGAAUGUAGCUUACAGAAGACCUAGCCAAUAGUAAAUCUAUCAAUUUAAAGACGAAGUUAAUUUGCCAAUAGAAAACUCACAAUCAUUUUUUGGUUCAGAGCAAUUCAUAUUUAUAAAUCUUAAUUUUAUUAAA